UGUGACAGAACUGCAUUAUCAUCAUCACCAUGACUGAACAGGAAGAAGUCGCGCCUCUGAAAUCUCUCAACUCUAAUGAUCCGACUUACAUCACUUUUAUGAAUAACUGCAGAGAGAAAGCAGAAGGAUGGUGGUUAGAUUUCUCGGGGAUCCCAGUGUCGUACGGUGCCAUAAAACCGGGGCAAGCAUUGCAAAUGAACACCUAUCUGACUCACCCGUGGGUCUUCAGAGCAUCUGAUGGUGCUAAACUACUAGUAAACUUGAGUGAAGUUUAUUUUCCUACGCCUGCGGAGUACGAGGAGCACGGAAACCCACUGUACAAGCCAGUGUACGUCACUGCCCCAGUGUACUCAUUACAAGAAUACUGUAUACGGCUGAUUCAGAAAACGGUACGAAAGGAAGACGUCAACAAACUGGAAAUCCCCGAGUAUUUGAGACAGGAAAUCAGCCGACCACCUGAUAUACUGAGGGACAUUAAAGCUUUAUCCGCACAGAGAGCAAUGUGAGGUGCGGAAAACCGACAGACGGAUGACGUCAGGAUACCGCGAGAACGAGUCAAAUCUUACGCAGAAGUCUCUUUUCGAAUCGCUCUCGCGAGAGUUUGAUGUCAACCGCCUAAGGUGACAUUUCCCCUCCUACCACUCAAACUGAAAGCAAAAAUAACUUUAAAUGUCAGAUAUUCCUCCCUGCUUACAAACAAUAAAAUUACAAUGGUUUAACGUAAACCAAUGAACGGUUUACCAUUGUAAUACCGGAUUUUAAAUCAACUUUGGAUUUGUUUAGGAAAAAGACUCUGUGAAAUAAUUGACCUAAGUUGGUGCUGUUUGAACCUUUUGAUCUCAUCAUGAUAUCUUCAUCUUAAAGGUUUGAACCCAAAACAGUCUUCCUAAUCUUAAGGUUUGAGUAACUUGAUCUCAUCAUCUCAGAGGUUUGAUGACUUGAUCUUGUCAUCUAAAAGGGCUGACUCACAUCACUGAGUAACUGUUAAAAAUAUAUGUUAUUAUAUAUUUAGUAUGUGGAUCUAAGAUGACAAUUUUAUAUUCACGUGUGGUAUUAUUUUAAAGGUCACGGUGCGAUGCGUAAUAAGGUCUAAUAUUUUCUUCCAAUGUGAGGUGAAUAUAAAUGAUUUAAAAUAUUAUUUAAAAAUAUACAAAAAAUGGCCAAAAUAUAUUGGUGAAAGAUAUAUUUUUGUUAACAUAUUUUAAAAUAUAUUUCAGUACAUAUAUUUUAUCCCUGGAGAACCCACGGGUCAAAUUUGGCCAUUGUUAAUUAAUGCUAAGAGAACGGUUCUCCAGGGUUCAAUAAUUUUUUUGCCGUAUGGGAUUCCAGUUGGACGUAAUGGUGAUCUGUUGGUUCCCAUCCACUAGAUUACAUUCCACACAAAAACCCAACCCAAUUUCCAGUAGAGACCACAGAUCCCAUUAUAGUUUCUAGUUAAACCAAUACAAUUCCUAUUACAACCAUUAAAACCACUAGAAUUAC